UUUAAAGUAGUAAUUCUGACUGACAGCAAAACAAGAAUGUGCAAGUUUCAGACCAAUGCCUUGACAGAUACCCUUGCCUCAUCAUUCAGUAACUGCAGAGAGCCUCAAUCUACCGACUGCCACUUCCUGGAACGUAGCCCUGCAGUCUCGUCUGAUUCUGCCGUUUUGAAAUCGGCAGGGUUUCUGUUUUGUUUCUUUGGAAGGGAGUUGUCAAAUGCAAAAGUAUAUUUAUGGGUAAUUUAGAAAAUACCUUCCGUCUAGGGAAAGCUUCCCAGAGUGAACGUGGACCCACUGAGUAGAAGCGUAGGAUUUGUUUUCUUCGCCCAAAGGAGCGGCACGUUCCGCCGCCUGCAUGAUGCAAAAUGCGAAUCGCCGGCUGCUGUCCGUGGUGCUGAAGGAUCCCAGAAUCGGCUCGGCAGAAUGUGCUCCGAAGGUGCUGCUGUUCAGUGCUGAAUCUUGCCAAAAGUUGCUGCCGUGCUUGAAACCCACACGUCCUCUAUCAUUUGUUUUGGGGAGAGCCUCUGGAAAGCCACACUGACACGAUGGUGCUGCUGACUGCAUUUCGGUCUGGAUUGGCUCUAAGCUCCAGCAUGCUGUUGCUGUUGCUGUUUCUGGAACUGGAAGCGUAGCACAUUCUCCACCCUUGCCUGCUUUUUUGCAGAUAUACAGAGCGGCGUGAUCUGGUGGGGGUCUUUUUUGGUGGGGGGUGGAACUGAAGAUUGCAACCAAGGAUAUAAGGAGAUAAAAGAACAAUCUAGCAACAAUGACCAUAAUUUUGGAGUGUAGCUUUAUAGCAAGCAGCCUCACCUCUGGAUCCCCUUAUGGUUGUUGAUUUGAAUUCUGAACACAGGGUUAAAGCUUCAGUCUCUUGGUGUAUCUGCCGGGUUUCCUGUGUGAAAUGGGAGGCAUUGGGGAAAGGGAUUUUCCAUGAUUCUUUCUUGGGAGUGUAAUUAAGAGGACUUGCUGAAAUUUUAAUCUAUGGUGGCCUGUAACCCUUUCCAGCUUUCACUUGGAAUAGCCCACCACUCUGGCCUCUCCAUGGAAGCAUCUGUGUAUAUCUGAUAUUAGGACCAUAUACAGAAGUUGAGGAGGGGGAUGGCUCUUCAUAUUCAUGAAGCCUGCAUAUUUCUGUUGCUAAUUCCUAGUUUGGUCACUCCAGCUGCCUUCAACCAUGAAGACUACCCUGCUGAUGAAGGUGAUCAAAUCUCAAAUAACGAUAAUAAUCUGAUAUUUGAUGACUAUCGAGGGAAAGGUUGUGUGGAUGACAGUGGUUUUGUAUACAAACUGGGAGAGCGGUUUUUUCCAGGGCAUUCCAACUGUCCAUGUGUCUGUACUGAGGAUGGACCUGUUUGUGACCAACCAGAAUGCCCCAAAAUCCACCCAAAGUGUACUAAAGUAGAACACAAUGGAUGCUGCCCAGAAUGCAAAGAAGUGAGGAACUUUUGUGAAUACCAUGGGAAAAGCUACAAAAUCUUGGAGGAAUUUAAGCCCUCUCCAUGUGAAUGGUGUCGCUGUGAGCCCAGCAAUGAAGUUCACUGUGUUGUAGCAGACUGUGCCGUUCCUGAAUGUGUCAACCCAGUCUAUGAACCAGAACAGUGUUGUCCAGUCUGCAAAAAUGGUCCAAACUGCUUUGCAGGAACCACCAUCAUUCCGGCUGGCAUCGAAGUGAAAGUGGAUGAGUGCAACAUCUGUCACUGCCACAACGGGGACUGGUGGAAGCCUGCUCAGUGUUCCAAACGCGAAUGCCAAGGCAAGCUGACUGCAUAGGGCAAAAUCCCAAGCAACAAGGAGUGUGUGUCCAAUGUAACGGCUUCUACACUGCACAUGUUAAAUCUGCCAGCUGCAAUAGGGUCACCAGCAAAACCUUUAAGGGUUUAACAAAAGUGAAUAUUUUACUAAUGGGCAAGUUUUCUCCCUAUAUAGAUAUUUAACCUACCACGGCAAGCAGCACAGAUUGAUGGCUAGCAAAAGGACAUCCUACAGAGGUUCUUCCUCCAACCUGCCAACUGAGUUAGAGCUCAUUUUAGCUCUUCACAUCUGUGACAUCAAUAUCAUUCAUGGUUUUGUGAGCUUCAACAUCUUUUUUCCCCUCGGAGCCAGGGUAGUUGGAACACGCAAGUUAAAUGAGGAUGGUUCAGAAAUGAAAUGCACUUUUAAAAACCAGUGGGAGAGAGGAUGCAGGAAGAAGGAGGACCUUCAAGAAUAUAAUGGAUGCACAGAUAUACAGCAACCAGGCACCCUAGGAGCCUUCUGUAUAUGUUAUGCUUUCUCCACCACGUGGGGACAAUUGAAUUGAAGAAAUGUAUACACCAUAAUGACAAAGGAUACAGGCUAAAGUGUCAGGCAACCAGUAUAUAGGUAGAUAACCUCAAUGUCCUUGAAAUAGUUUAUGUGACUCAAGAAAGCCAGCACUUACUGACAUCCCUCCAUAUCCCUUAAUGUCUCCCCUUAUGUUGCAUUCCUGUUUCUUCCCACUCCACUUAUUUUGUUGUAGGCUCUGUGAGGGAGGAAAGGGGAGAAGGAACAUUAGAUUUCUACAUUGCCAACUUGCUCCCAGCCUCUAUUUAACUAUCAGAGAAGGGAAGAGGAAGCCCACCUGAUGCAUGUAGCCAGACGCUACAGGUAGACUCCAGAAAUAAUGGCACCUUCUUUGCCCUCCCACACAUACCAAGUAACAUGAUAUUGAAUGUUGCAAUCAACAGGUUUUAUGGGAUAAUAAAUGAAAUGAUGUUGUAAUAAAUAACAAGAUGAAAGAUGAACAAAUCUUUUUUUAAUAAUUUCAGUGGCACCUUUAAGAUCAACUAAAUAUAAGCUUUCAAGGUAUGAGCUUUUGUGUGUAAUACACACUUUGUCAGAUACUCUGAAGCAGAGGUCGCUUCAACCUUAUAACUGUUGAUGACUGUUAUGGCACUUGGUUCCACAGGGAAGGGCAUGAC